AUGCUGCUGCCGGCCAACGUCUUUAUCGAGCGCGUCAACAACAUCUCGCUCGUCCUCUUCGUCGUCGAAGCGCUGAUCAAAGCGGUCGCGUUUGGCGUCCUACCGUACCUCGGCGACCACUGGAACAAGCUCGAUCUGAUCGUCAUCAUCUCAGGGAUCGUCGCGUGGGCCUCGGGCGGUCGCAGCGCCGUGGGCCAGCUGCGUAUUUUGCGUGUGCUCCGACCGCUGCGCACGCUGCGAGCUUUUCCCGGCCUGCGCAUCCUCGUCAAUGGCGUCCUCGCGAGCUUGCCGCCGCUUCUCAACGCCGGGAUGCUCCUCGGGUUUAGCUACCUCACGCUUGCGAUCCUCGGCAUGGAGUUGUGGCAAGACAAGUACCACGGCCGGUGUCGACUCACGCCAUACCCCGUGCGACUCAACUUUGACCCGCUGCACGCGCCGGCCUCGGUCGGUAAUGGCGUGUACCCGAACGCGUCGUACGUGGCCGCCGUCACGAUUGAUCCGUCCGCGUACAAGUGCAAUAACCUCUCCAACAGCGACGUGUGGCGAGCGCCGACGCCGUGCUUUUGGCCACUGGACCCGACCGACACGCUCGGGCAGUACUGCGGCAGCCGCACGUGUCCGACACCCAACACCACCUGCGGCUCCAACUACGACCGGCUCGGGAACCCGCGCUUUCUGAAUUUUUUCUCGGACGGCGCGCUGGUCUUUGACCUCAUGGGCGAGCCGGACUAUACGGCCAACCUCAACUUUGGCCUGACCUCCUUUGACAACAUCUGGAGUGCGCUCGUCGUCGUGCUGCAGAUCGUGACCGCGUCCGGCUGGAUGGUGCUCACGCAAAAUACCCAAGAUGCGUAUUCGUGGGUCGUCGCCGGCGUCUACUUUAACGCCUUUCUCUUCAUCGGCAUGUGCUUCCUCCUCCAGCUCUUCAUGGCGGUCCUCUACACCGAGUUUGAGAAGGCGAAAACCAACCAAGAGCACCAGCUCUCGUCGCACACCGUCGUUGCCCGGCCGACCAAGUACAGUCACCCAAAUGCCUCGUCGCAUGUAAAAUGGCGUGUGUUUAGAGUCAUGGACGCGGCGGCCAUGCGGCGUGUCGAGGCGCACCUCUCGGUGACAACGACGCCGUCGACACGGACCUGGUACCGCAUACGGUUCCAAACGAUGCACUUUGUCGGCUCGCGCGCCUUUCAUCGAUUGGGGCUCGCGGUGACGACGCUCAAUGUGACGGUGCUCUCGUGCAACGCGCACGGCAUGUCGGCGACGACGCAAUAUUGGAUUGAAACACUCAACUUUUUCUGCCUCGUCUACUACAUCCUCGAGACGCUCCUCAAAAUGGUGGCGGCCGGCCCGUGGCGCUACUUUCGGGACGGUUUUAACCGGUUUGACUUUGUCACGAUCGCCCUUGGCAUCCUCGACACGGUCGCGAACCCGCCCGAGAUUGUCGACGGCAACCCGGGGCGCGUCUCGCCGUUCGCAGCCUUGCGCGCGCUCCGCGCCAUCAAAAUCGCCAAGUCGAUCAAGCCCUUGCACCGCCUUUUGGUCGCCAUCAUGGACGCGUCGAGCGAGAUUGGGAACUUCCUCGUGUUUCUGUUUUUGUUUAUUUACAUUUACGCGCUCAUUGGCAUCGAGCUCUUUGCGACGCGCCUCCAGUUUGACAGCAGCAACCGCCCGCUCCCAUUCAACGGCUCGCAUCCCAUGUACCAGUCGCGCUCCAACUUUGACCAGAUCGAGUGGGCCGUCUUUAGCGUCUUCCAGAUCAUGACGUACGACAACUGGCCCGCGGCACUCUACAAUGGGUGGCUCGUCGCGGGCUGGCUCGGCGUGCUCUACUUUUGCUCGAUCAUCGUGCUCGGCGUCUGGGUCGUCAUGAAUGUCUUCUCGGCCAUCCUCGUCGAGUCGGUCAUGGCCGGCACCAGCGCCCAAUCGACCGACGACGACGACGACGAU